UAUGUCUACUCAAAUUUGAAAUAUUAUCAUAUUAAUCAUUAAAAGGAAAUAUGUGGAGUUUUGUUGUUGUUUGCUUUAUUUCCACAGAUGGAACUUUACUUUCGUGUAAACAUGUCAGUUUUGUGCAACACUUGCAAACGUCACGUAAACGCACCAAGAGUCUUCCACAUUGAUCCUGUAAAAGACAGGUGCAAGUUUUCCUGGACAUUCAGAUCCACCAAAGGAGCAUCCAAAGCACGACGGGACCACAUUAAUCAUGAGAUCCGGAAUAUGCGAGCUCUGCUUCCCAUCCCCUUGGAGGACCAGGAGCGUCUUUCCUACUUGCACUCAAUGUCUGCCGUGUGCACCUACAUUAGGAAGUCGGUUCUCCUUCAGGGUAUUCCAACUGGAGUGGUUCUACCUCACGCUUUUCCGUAUGAGGCCUUUCUCCAAGCCUUACAUGGCUUCAUCCUUGUCACUACUAUCCAAGGGAGGCUGGUCUAUGUGUCUGAAAAUGUAUCAGAAUAUCUCGGGCUUUCCAUGGCAGACAUCCUUCAAGGAGACACUAUAUUUGAUAUGGUGGAACCCAGGGAGACUGACAUUAUUGAGCCCAUCUUGAAGGGAUACAGUGAAAAGAACCCGUCAUCAGAGAGGAGUUUUAUAUGUGAGAUGCAGGCCUCCAAGACAUUCAAACAGCAGCAUGGCAGCUGCUCAAUGCUCGUCCGAGGUAGCUUCCAUUCCUUCCCGGAGCCUUGUCCAUUCUCCUCCACCCGUGUUGCUGGCGAGCCCCUCUUUGUGGCCCUGUGCACCCCCACAGUGGACCGCCUCAGCGCUAUCGAGUCACACUUGUCCCCCAGUUUUGACAGUGAGCACGCGCUUGACAUGAGCUUCACUCGGCUCUCAGACAAUGUUUUCUAUUUUUUGGGCUACUCGGCCGAAGAAAUGGUUGGGCGAUCAUGGUACAGCUUAGUUCACCCUGAAGAUCUAGCGUUAAGUGUGAAUCAUCACAAAGCUUUAUUACAAGCAGACGAGAGCCUGCAGGUACAGAUGGUGCUCAGACUUCAGUGCAAAGAUCUGUCAUGGGCCCAGAGCUAUGUUCGUUCUCACAAAGAAUCGGAGUGCCAGACUACUCGUAUUCGCUGCACUAACUUCAUCAUCAGUGAAACAGAAGCCAAGUUUCUGCAGAGAAGAAUAAACGAUGAGGCUUUAAGACCAUCAUCUCCAGCAGACAGUGUUCCCCGUAAAAGGCAAAGGACUCCUAAUAGCCUAAGUGAUGAAACGAUUUCCAAAACCAGAUUGGCGAGUGAAGAAGACCUCCACCAUGGGCAUAGCUCACCUUUUCCUUCAGGAGGUAGCCCCACGCUCUUCACCCCUCCGUACAGCCCUGCAUCUUCCAGCUCCACCAUGCAGCAUGAUGACCCGAGCCUUGUCCUCCACAUGGAUGUGCAACGAUACGCCGAUCCACUUCUGUCCUCCCCGGAUGAUUCCCCUCCCUACUACUCAUACCCAGAGGUCGCACUGGCCUGCCACCUCUCACCCUCCCAGCACACCUUUGAUCAGAGAGUCUUCAGCACUUUCAAUCCUCUCUCCCCAGCCUCCCCCUCAUCUCCCGCCUAUGAUUUCCCAGCUUGCGCAUCCCAUGCCAGAUUAGUUCCAGACGGUUUGGCCAUGUCUGACAUGAGUGAGAGCUCCAGGGACUGCACCCUGCAUCAAGAUGACUUCAGCCUGUUGGAGCAACCACAAGAGGGCAGUCUCUACCAAGUGCACCAAAAUCCCCAGUACACGUUACAUUCCAGUCUUUCAAUGACAUCUGAGCAGUACAACCAGAUGGAGCAAGCAGAGAUCAGCAUUCUAGCUGAGCAGAUUUCCUCGUUGGCCUCCACUUUUGACAUGUUAGGCCCUCUCAAUCUGCUCCAAAGUGUCGCCCUGAAUGACUGUCUGCCCUCUUUCUCCUCAUCAUGUCAAUGGCCAAGCCAGGUCGCUCUCCCUACUGCAGUGCAUUCUAAACUGAUGAAUGAUGGUGUAUUAGAAAGCCUCCUCUGUGAUUUGGACGCAGGCACAAAGAAAAGUGCUGAUAUUCCCAACUUCAGCUACCAUCCAGAUCCACUCGCUCACAGCUCCACCACCCCAGAGAACUCACUGCCUGCAAACAAUGUCACCUUAGAUCCCUUCACUUUGCAGUUGGGAUGCCAGAUCCUCAACACUGAGUUGCAUCAACUCAACCACUCCUUGCAGAGUAGCCUGCAGCAAGACGGACUUGCUGAAGAAAACCUGUACUGAAAUAAGUCUGUGACUUACGACGCUACCCUUUGUAUGACAUAUUGUCAGCAAAAUUGUCUUUUUGUGGAUUCAAAGAAGAGUAGGACAAAGAUAUUUAAAGGACAUAUUAUACCAAAAAACACUCCUUCUCCCUAAUGCAUAUCCAUAAAAGUCGAGAGUGCAGUUAGGAUUUGUCUUCAUUUCUGCAUCGCUUUCGCUUUGAUUCCUGCUGAUGUCUUUCUUUCUUUAAUGAAAAGGGUACUUUAAACUGUCUGAGUUAUACGUAUAAUGGAAAUAUUUUUGAGUACUAACUGGCCACACUUCACUCUUCAGCACUUUAUCAAUGUCAUUGCCUCAAGACUUAAAAAGAAAACAGUGAUCAUUUUCUUUUGAGCCUUUCAGCAGGAACAAGCUAUUGUUAUUGCGUAUGUGUGAAAUGGAGAGAUAAUAAUGUUUUUUUUUCAUGCUGUGAUAAAAAAAACAAAAAGCCUUCCCUUCCACCACUUACCUUAACGGUGCUUCUCACUACAUUCCAAUUCUGGAUUAAAAGAAAUAUAGCUUGUAAUAAUUUUGUUGGGCUCCUCAGUCCUUAAACCGUGUCAAAAUAUUGUUCUAUUCAUUUCUGAAGAAUGUAAUUACUACCUUUUUUUUCAUGUCUUUCAUGGUACUAUGUUAUAGCUUUU